CAGUGGUCAGUCCAGCCCUCGCGAGGCUCCCUCUGUCGCCCGGAGCUGCGGCCAAGGGUCAGGAGGGCCCGGAGCCGCACCUGGAAGAUGCGCCCUGUGGCUGCCGGCACCCUGAAGGCAGUGUUCUUCAUCUUCGUCUCCCUGUGUGCCUGGUACUCUGGGUACCUGCUGGCAGAGCUCAUCCCAGACGUGCACCUGUCCAGCGCAGUCUACAGCAUCCAGAGCAUCGGCAAGAAGCCCGUCCUCAAAGCCCCAACCCCCAAAAGGCAAAAAUGUGAUCACUGGUCCCCAUGUCCCGCAGACACCUACGCCUACCGGUUGCUCAGCGGGGGUGGCAGGGACAAAUACGCCAAGAUCUGCUUUGAGGAUGAGAUGCUCAUAGGAGAAAAGACUGGGAAUGUUGCAAGAGGAAUAAACAUUGCCGUUGUCAACUAUGUGACUGGGAAAGUGAUAGCAACACGGUAUUUCGAUAUGUACGAAGGUGAUAACUCUGGACCGAUGACAAACUUUAUUCAGAGCGCUCCCUCGAAGUCCCUGCUCUUCAUGGUAACCCACGAUGACGGCAGCAGCAGGCUGAAGGAGGAUGCCAAAAAGGCCAUAGAAGCCCUGGGAAGUAAAGAGAUCAGGAACAUGCGGUUCAGGUCAAGCUGGGUGUUUGUGGCAGCAAAAGGCUUUGAACUUCCUCCAGGAAUUCAGAGAGAAAAGAUCAACCACUCAGAUGAUGCGAAGAACAGGUAUUCUGGCUGGCCAGCCGAGAUCCAGGUAGAAGGCUGCAUACCAAAAGGGCCCAGCUAACAUUGCCCCGCCUCGACAAAUGGGCUUUUUAUAGACAAAUGCAUCCUGAAUGGACUGCGGCCCUUCUCCAAUGGUCAAUAUUUGAUGAAUAUUUCAGGUUUGUCAACCAACCAAUCAAAAUAUUUGCCAGUUGUAUAAAAUCUUGUCCCACA